AGGGGUGUCAAUAUAAAUAGCAAAAAAUUGGGGGACCGUACCAGCAAAAAUCUCAGAUUGCGUUGAGCUGAAGCUGUUCGUGUGACUCUUCUACACCUUCCAGGCUAUCCGGAAUCGGGAGGGUUUCCCAAUAGGAAAGCAACUCAGGACUCAGGAGCGGCGUCUGAGAGGUUUCAGAGAUGGAGAACCAGUUCCAGGAUGGCAAGGAGGAGGUCAUCGAAGCUUGGUACAUGGAUGACAGUGAAGAGGACCAGAGGCUUCCUCAUCAUCGUGAGCCCAAAGAAUUCAUUCCUCUUAGCAAACUUUCAGAGUUAGGAAUAUUAAGCUGGCGCCUGAAUGCUGAUGACUGGGAGAAUGAUGAGAACCUCAAGAAAAUCCGUGAGGCCAGGGGAUACUCUUACAUGGAUAUUUGUGAUGUGUGUCCAGAAAAGCUGCCAAACUAUGAGGCUAAGCUGAAAAAUUUCUUUGAAGAACACUUGCAUACUGAUGAAGAGAUACGCUAUUGUCUUGAGGGAAGUGGAUACUUCGAUGUCAGGGACCAAAAUGAUCAGUGGAUCCGUGUAGCAGUGAAGAAAGGGGGCAUGAUUGUUUUGCCUGCGGGAAUGUAUCACCGCUUCACAUUGGACAGUGACAACUACAUCAAGGCAAUGCGGCUCUUUGUGGGAGAGCCUGUCUGGACGCCGUACAACCGUCCCCAUGACCAUCUGCCAGCUAGAAAGGAGUAUGUCGAAAAAAUUAUCAACAGGGGUGGAACUCAAGCUGUCGAAGCUCGACUCGCUCGCUGCCAAGCUCGCCGGAUUCUUUUCUUGGAUUGGAGCAGAUUGGGGGGUGACGAUGGAGAAGAUGAUGCCGGGGAUGGUGAAGGAGGAGUGGCCGCCGAGCUCGCCGGAGGAGGGGGAGGCGCCGAGGCCCAUGGAGGGGCUGCACGAGGUCGGGCCGCCGCCGUUCCUGACCAAGACGUUCGACCUGGUGGCCGACCCGGCCACCGACGGCGUCGUCUCGUGGGGCCGCGCGGGCAGCAGCUUCGUCGUCUGGGACCCCCACGUCUUCGCCGCCGUCUUCCUCCCACGCUUCUUCAAGCACAACAAUUUCUCCAGCUUCGUCCGCCAGCUCAACACCUACCUAGAUGGAUCAAGACAGCGGAUGAAGCUACAAGAAUCUGCUUGUUUGUUCUAGAAGACUCCUUUGAUCACCAUCAAAAAAAAGAAAAAGGUUUCAGAAAGAUUGAUCCUGACAGAUGGGAAUUCGCGAAUGAUGGUUUCCUGAGAGGCCAGAGGCAUCUUCUAAAGAUGAUUAAGAGGAGGAGACCAUUGUCUUAUCUCCCUGGAUCUCAGCAGGCACUUGGCACCUGCCUUGAGGUUGGUCAGUUCGGAUUAGAUGAAGAGAUCGACAGGCUAAAGCGUGACAAGAACAUCUUACUCGCGGAGGUUGUGAAACUAAGGCACAAGCAGCAAAGCACGAAAGCCAAUAUGCGAGCCAUGGAAGAGAGGCUGCAACAUGCGGAGCAGAAGCAGGUCCAGAUGAUGGGUUUCUUGGCAAGAGCAAUGCAGAACCCUGACUUCUUUCACCAGUUGAUUCACCAGCAGGAUAAAAUGAAGGGGCUCGAGGACACAUUCUCGAAGAAGAGGACGAGGUCGAUAGACAUAGUGCCAUUUCUCAACCCCGGGGAGGUCAGCCAGGGCGAUCAACUCGAGUCGACAUUGCUGUUUGAUCCAAGGCCAUUUGCUGAACUGAAUGAUGAGCCUGCAAAGUCUGAACUGGAGAAUUUAGCACUGAACAUCCAGGGUCUUGGGAAGGGCAAGCAGGAUGUCAACAGGACUCGAAAUCAGCCACGAAAUCAGGCUAGCAACGAAACCGAGUUAACCGACGACUUCUGGGAGGAGCUUCUGAAUGAAGGAGCAAGAGAUGAUGCUGGGAUUCCAGGGAUGGAGCGAAGAAGACCUAGAUAUGUCGAUGCAUUAGCGCAGAAGCUGGGUUAUCUAAGCAAUAGUAGCCAAAAGUAGAUCAAGUGGCUCCGAUUUGUCCAACCAUUUUUGUGAUAGCUCUUAUUGUAUAUCGGUGUAAUUGUAUUAUAGUGAUAGUUUUAUAGCGAUAGGUCCAAUUUAUAUUGCGGAUCCGGCGUGCUGUGUAGUAUAUGUCUGGUGAUGUAAAGUUGAGCCAUCAUUCUUAA